CGCAAAGACGAUUCUGCAAGAUCACUACAGAUCUUCUAGUGGAUCUUUCCUUCGGCUUGAUGAUUUUGAUUUGGAUCUAUCCAGCAGCAUCCGUAAGAUCUGUCGCCUUAUGGAAGAGAUCCUGGUCUUUUGGUAUUCUUGUCUGUCGGUAUCAGAUGCCGCGACGCUGACGAGCACUUUAAAAAAAUAUGAGGGUUUGCUCUGAGUACGAGUAGCAUCGAUCCCCGGCUGAUGCGUUGCUGGUUUGGGCAAUACUUGUUCGCAAGUACAAGAAGAAGUAGGAGAGGUUCGCGACCACAAAAAAGUGGAGGUUGGUUGCGGUGUCGAAAGUGUUCGUCUUUUGUAGACGUUGCAUCCGGGGUGUAAAACCGUUUGCAUGUCUAAAAUGUCCUAUUCCUACGAUUAAUAGCUAUUCAAGAACGAAGAGGACCAAUCAGCAUCUCGGGGUUCCGGCAAGAAACCCCCUUCAGGACACUCUAGUUUCAUUCCACCUGUCAAACCUCCUUCUCCAACUCCACCCCCCAAGAAGAUGUUAGCCACAUCCGAAGCUGGGGAGACCCAGUUCGUGGUCGCAGAUCGAGUAUUGAAUAAUAUGCGCAGUAUUCUGGAUGGGGAGAAUCUGUUGCCUGGCAUGAAAGUAGACGAGCUCCGAAAAUUCGCUGAUGGGCGCUUCUUUAUGUCGUGUGUCCUCUAUGAGUCAAUCUUAUAUGUAUCGCUUCUUGUUAUUGUUCAAUCUAUUUCAGUGGUGCAAUAAAAAUGUACUUGCUAAAAAUUUUCGCUCUAUCCAUCCCCCCUUGUCCCGCCUUUUCGACUUCUCAUCUCCCCCACAGUCUCCAGAAUUCCCUCUUUAUUAAUGAUCGACAAAAAUCGAGGUCUGGCGUCAGGGCUUUAAGGGCGAGCAAGGAGAAUCACAAGGGGCGCAAGAAGCUCGGCCAGGGCUCUCAGGGUUUUAAGGGCAAAGCCAAGAAAUCCCAGGGUUGCCAGUGCGGGCUAAAUCGCGGUCGUGUCAGGGUUUGGCGUCUCAGGGUUUGCAAAAAUGGGCACAAGUGUCAGGAUUCAGCCCCCCGGGUUUUGUAGGCAAAAACGGCGGCCAGGGUUUUGCGUCUCAGGGUUUGGCAUGCCAGAGCUCACGGCCUCAGCGUUCGCCACUGCCAGUGUGUAGCGCCUCAGAGUUUUGCAGGUCAGGGCUUGGGAAUGUCAGGGUUUCCCGCCUCAGAGUUGGGCGGUGUCAGGGUUUACAGCCCCAGAGUUUCGCGGGUCAGAGUUUCGGAAUGCCAGGGCUUCGCGCCUCAGGGUUGGCCGAUGUCAGGGCUUGCCCGCCCAGAGUUCCGCCAUUCAGGGUUUUCCGUCUCAGGGUUGGGCGAUGGCAGGGCUUGGAACCCCAAAGUUUGGCAGGCCAGAGUUUUCGAAUAGCAGGGCUGCGGGCCUCAGAGUUGGGCGGUGUCAGGGUUUGGCACCUCGGAGUUCCGCGGGUCAGUGUUUUCGAGUGUCAGGGUUUUCCGCCUCAGGGUUGGGCGGUGUCAGGGUUUACAACCCCAGAGCUUCGCGGGUCAGAGUUUGGGAAUUUCGGGGCUUCGCGCCUCAAGGUUGGCGGAUGUCAGGGCUUGCCUCCCCAGAGUUCCGCCAGUCAGGGUGUUCCGCCUCAGGGUUGGGCGAUGGCAAGGCUUGGAACCCAAAAGUUCGGCAGGUCAGAGUUUUCGAAUGGUAGGGCUUCGGGCCUCAGGGUUGGGCGAUGUCUGGGCUUGGCACCUCAGAGUUCCGCGGGUCAGUGUUUUCGAAUGUCAGGGCUUUCCGCCUCAAGGUUGGGCAGUGUCAGGGUUUACAGCCCCAGAACUUCGCGGGUCAGAGUUCGGGAAUGUCAGGGCUUCACGCCUCAGGUUGGGCCGGUGUCAGGGCUUGCCCCCCCCCCGCGUUCCGCCAGUCAGGGUUUAUUUUUUGUCUCAGGGUUGGCGAUGCCAGGUUUUGGAGCCCCUGCGUUUGGCAGGUCAAAGUUUUCGAAUGGCAGGGCUCCGGGCCUCAGAGUUCGGCGAUUUCAGGGUUUGGCACCUCAGAGGUCCGGGGUUCAGUUUUUCGGCUGUCAGGGGUUUGCGCCUCAGGGUUGGGCGGUGUCAAGGUUUACAGCCCCAGAGCUUCGCGGGCCAGAGUUUGAUACGGCUGCACGCCUCAGGGCUGGCCGAUGUCAGGGCUUGGCGCCUCAGAGUUCCGCGGGUCAGGUGGUGGACUGUCGGGGCUUCUCACCUCAGAGUUGGCCGGUGUCAAGGUUUGGCCCCUCAGAGUUCCGCGGGUCAGUGUUUUCGGUGGUCAAGGUUUUUCGCCUCGCUCAGAGUUGCGCGCUGUCAGGGUUUACAGCCUUGGAGUUUCGCGGGUCAGUGUUUGGGAGUGUCAGGGUUUCACGCCUCUGGGCUCGCCCCUGUCAGGGUUUGGCGCCUAAGAGUUCCGUGGGCGCCUGAACGUGUCGCAGGUCAGCGGUUUGGAUUGGCGGUCUUCCUCCCUCAGAGUUGGCCGAUGUCAGGGCUUCGCGCGUCAGAGUUCCGCGGGUCAGGGGUUUGAAACGUCCGCGCUCUGCGCUUCAGGGUUGCGUGAAGUCAGAGCUUGCCCCCCUAGAGUUUCGCCAGUCAGGGUUUUCCGUCUCAGGGUUGGGCCAUGGCAGGGCUUUUGUGCCCAGUUUUCGAAUGUCAGGGUUGCGCGCCUCGGAGUUGGCCGAUGUCAGGGCUUCGCACCUCAGAGGCCCGCGGGUCAGCGUUUUCAAAUGUCAGGGCUUUCCGCCUCAGGGUUGGGCGCUGUCAGGGUUUACAGCUCCAGAAUUUCGCGGGUCAGUGUUUGGCCUGUCGGGGUUUUCGCGCGGUUGGCCCCUCAGAGUUCCGCGGUUCAGUGGGUGGAAUGUAAGGGGCAGUGUUUUGGCAUCUAUUGCCGCGACACGCGCCGGCGCGCUGCUCCAGGUGUAGAACGCCGCGAGCGCGGGCGGUGACGAAAAGGCACGCGAGGCUCACAUCGCACUGGCGCCUUGGCGGCGUUUGCGCCGAGGCUUCGCCGGGUGGGGGGCCAGUGCGUAACAGUGGAGCCGUCGCCGCGCAGCCGUUAGCGGGUUCUAAUGCGGCCGCCGGUCACGUUUUGGCCGCCUAACGUCAGGACCACAAAGGGCCCGACGCAUAUCGCUGGCAGCGGGGUCGGGCUCUUUUGUCACAGGCGCACGCGCGCUGCAGGGGCCGACGGGGGUGUGAGUCGGUUUCUUUGUGGCGGGCGCAGUUGCCCCCCCUUAGAGUUCGGCGCCUCCCAGUCUGGCCCGGUCCGGGCUGGACGUCUGGUCUGGUCUGGUCCGGUCCGGUCCGGGCUGGUCCGGUCCGGUUCGGGCCUCUGCCGCUUCUAGCAGCUCCCUCUCCCUCUUUCACCUUUUUCGUGUCUCAGACCGCUGAACACACGGGACGCGACUAGUAUUAAUAUAGUUCGCUGAGGCUUUGUUUCUCCUUUAUUUUGAUUUGAUUCCCAAUACGGUACUGCAGAAAUUUAGCCUACCUCUUUAGUACUUCUCUCCUUCACUACUGUUCUCGUUCAUAUUGCACACUCAAAGCCAGUUCGAGCGGCAUUUUCAGAGCAACUGGGACACACUGGAGGAGGAACAGAAAUACUGCCGUGACUGGAAAGAAGCAAGCGAGCGCGCCUGGAAAGCAGCAGAAAGUGAAACACAGGCAUGGCGAGAUGAUUAUGACCUCAUAGUUAUGUAGUACUUGAAAGUACCGUGAUUCGAAUUCGAUCAGGACAUACAUUUAAGUAGUUAUGUUGCAUUUUUCAAAGACAUAAUGCAGGAGGUACAACUGUUGUUGUACCGUUGUAUUUUAGAGACCGGCAGGAGGACUAUGUAUCAUGAAAUUAGAGUUACGGAUGUAUCUACGUGUAAGAUUAGCUUCUUGAUGAGAGCUAAAAGAUUUAGAUUUUUCUAGCUUCUGUCAUGAAGUCCUGAAUACCAGUUUCUAUGAGGGACAUUAGCAUUAAUUUCUAAGAAAUUCUGGAUAAGCAGAUGUCCGACCUGCGAGCACGGAAAGCGGCACUUCCGAGGAGACUCACUGCCCUGGACUCUCCCCGCAAGGCAAUAUGUAGCGUAAGGGAGGAAGGAUGCAAGUACUUACUUAUUCUUGCACCAUAGCAUCACAUCUACCAAAGAUUUUGGAUUAUAGAUAAAGAAGGCACGAGGGGAGGUGGGAAAGGAGAUAAGUAAGUCGAGUGAGAAGUUGUAAUUCAUGACUUAAAUUUGACCUCUCUAUCAGGUUUCUCUGGCGCGUUAUACAGGUAAAUGACGCGGAUGGGAUGAAGACAUUUUUCGACAAGAAUGGCGUUUUCGUCGACGAUUUAGCGGAACCGCCUUUAUUUUUUGUUAUGAUGACUUCUUCAGGAUCGGACUACGGAAAAAUAUAUUUUGAUUUGAUUAAUAUUUUUCCAAGGUGAAGAAGAUUCACUAGGGCUACGUAAUAUUGAUAUGAUUAGACUUCUUCAUUCAAGGGGCCCGCUUGGUUGUAGGUGUGAAUGACAACAUAGCUGUUAACUCUGAACUGUCGAAGAAGCGAGAGGUGUGAACUUCAUGACAACAUAUCUGCUAACUCUGAACUGUCGAAGAAGCGAGAUCCAGAGCUCCCUGGAGAGGAUAUGCGGUUAAGCACGCUAGUUUAUGGCUCCCUGGAGCGGACGGUUAACAUCGAUGAUCAGUAUCAAUUAUACUAGGUUGUAACUAGAUCAUCGCUGUCUAAAUUUUCCUUACUCCAGACAGUGAGGGGUGGCCCGCACUGCAUCUCGCGGCGAAACACGCUGCGGCUGAGGUUGCUGCGGCGCUGAUAGAGCGGGUUCCUUGGAUUGUAGAUGCCAGACCCAUAGGCAGAGUUCGUGCAACACCGUUGCACCUGGCCGCAGAGGGCAACAACCUGGACGUGGCCAGGGUAUUUGUUAUACUUGGGAAGAGUAGAAGCUGUUACAGAUUGGAGCUGGUAUAAUUCUCGAAGUACUGGUCUCCUAUGCGUGAUACUUUGUUCAGAAUCAGAAAUUCGCACCAGUAACGGGACAUUUACUCUUUUUAUUGGUCUGUCAUUCAUAUAUUGCUAUUGCACUUAUAUUUUCCGAAGAAAAACAACAGUAUAAAGAACGAGGUCUUUCUCCUAUAGUUUUUCACCUCUCGUCUUCGUCAACAUCGUCGGUCCCUCACCACAGAUACUUUUAAAGCAGAAAGCGAAACUUCAUUCUUUGAACGAAAUUGGGGAGACGCCGAUGGAAAAAGCGAAACAGAGAAAUUUGUUGAGGAUGGAACAACUCCUGACUGGUUUUGCCUUGGCCCGAUGGCAUGGAACUGAUAAAUGAUAUACAAAGAGCAGGAUCAAAGAUCAUAGAAAUACACCCUUAUACAUUUAGUAUAAGAUUUUGACGAUUUUGUUUCUGAUGCUUCUGUUGUUGAAAAAGAAAAGCAAGGAAGGAA